CGACAUUGGCGAGCUGCUGCCGUUGCCAGUGGAUCUUACAAUUAAUGCAGUGCUCGUUCCUAAGUGAUUAAUGUUGUUCAUCUCCGUUGCACUUUACGUUAUUACAAUGGUGAUUUUAAAGCGCAUUUUACGCUAGUGAUACACACACCCGCAGUUUGCGAUCGAUAUUUCACGAUCGAGCGCGCGGAGUUUGAAAAUAUAAUAUCGUUAUUCCGUCAACCAAGCUGCCCAGCGUUACCCGGCAUGGAUGGAACCAACCCAAUGGGGGCAUUAUGCAGACCGAGGAAGUCGUCCCUCGAGCAACGUCUGCGGGGAUAGACACGGGUAGCCCGACGGAGGAAAUAUCCCAGCAGCAAACCCAGCUCCGGCUGCAGCGUCAGCACUCGUUGCCGUUGCAGCGGCUCCCGAGCCCCGUGGAAUCGUUGACGAGCCAGAUGGCGGUGAAGCAGGAGCCACAGGAUGAGGAGGAGCAUCAAGGAAGGACCUCGUCCAGUCCCCAGGUCGAGGCGCACGCCGUUCAAACCGGGCUGCCCAACGGGGGGCCGGGGCAAGUCCAGGUCCUGCAGAACCAGGCGACGAUGGGGAGAGCGGAGGGUCAACCCGCCCAGGACUGCACAGGCGGCAGGGCGAGGCCCAGCCGGGGAAGGAGGAAGUCCCGAUGGAAGCUCAAGUUCCACCACCAGGCCCUGCCGCCCGAGUACCUCGACCACUACGAGGCCGCGCUCGCUCAGGAGGCUCUCAACUCCCCGCCGACCCCCGUCCACGACUCCAUGGCGUCCAGUCCGGCGCCCACGACCUCGACGUCGACCCCGAGCCCCGUAGCCGACGUCCACGGCUGGCUGCAGCGGAUAGCCGCGAUGCAGCAGGAACUCUGUCCCCCGGUGAUCGCCCGAAAUCCGGUCGCCUCAAGCCCCCAGACGCCGGGACUUCGGCGUUCGGUCAUCACCUCGACGCCCCACCCCCACCACCACGUGGCUCACCCCCAGCACCACCCUCAAUCGGGUCACCACCACCCCGCGCAGCAGGCGCAGCCGGCGCCGAGGCCCCCGAUGAAGUACUCCGACCUGCCGUACAUGGGGGAGAUAACCCUGGACAACAGCAAGCCGAGACGGGGCAGGAAGCCGAAGAAGGCCGACAUCUGUCACCUGAUAUACAAAAACUACGGUACAAUACUCCCGGGAACGCCGGGGCUGGAGGAACGAAAGCAGCUCGGAAGUCCGCGCAUAAAGGUGGAGAUGAACAGGGAGCAACCGGCCCAGGUAUCCUUCCAGCGUACCGACAUUCAGAACAGGAUAAGCAGCCUCUUGGAGAAGCGGCUUACCCAGGAGUCCCGGAGGAAUCACUCGGCGGCGCACGGCCCAAAGACGACGGAGCAGGAGGAGCCGCUUAACCUGUGCAUAAGGGACCUGAAUCAGCUCAAGAUCCGACUAUUACGGAAGCACGGGAACGUCUACGAGUCCGGGCAGGUGAAGAGCGAGGGAUCGAGCGACGGCGAGGAGGUCGAGUGUCUGGGGGCCGGUUCGCCGACGGAGUUAGGGCCCGACGGAGUCCCGGUCAGCAACGGGGGCGGGGGUGGGAACAGCACCCUACCGGGGGAGUCCGUAAUCCCAGCGAACCCGGGGUUCGUCUACUGGCCCAACGCCGGGGUCUUUAUCCACCCGAUGGCGCUGCAGUCCCAGUUUCUCUACUACCAGAAGAUGGCGCAGGGCGAAGGGGGCCCGGGGUUCCCGCCACCGAUGCAGGAGCCCCCGCCUAAGGAGCAGAAGAUCGUUCCAAAGUCGAUAUACUCGAUGCUGGAGAGCAAGUCUCCCGCCCCCGCGGCCGUCCCACCACCCCCUACAACCCCGACGCCCCAGCAUCCCGUUGUGGCGGCUGCGGCCGAAUCGCCGCGGGCGAAACGGAGCGGACCGACCGGCGGUCACGGGCAACCUACAAAGCGGAAGCGAUCGGCGAUCUUCAUCCCCCCGAUGCCGACCGAGAACAACAACAACCCGGCGACCGAGGUCAGCAUAUGUAAAUUCAAGUUCACGGGGGGUGCGAAGCCGAGCCUGCAGGAGAAGAAGAGCCUCUCCGUCGACUCGGGAGGGAAUUUUCGGUACUACAGCGGGACCGGGGACAAAAGCAUGCGGGGCUACGAAUUCUUUCCACGCGAGGCGCUACAGCAGCCUGCCGGACAGGCCGGAUCCUCGGCCGGAGCGUUUUUGAACGCUGCUGGCGAGCGGAUCCCGCCGCCAGGACAACGUCCCCCGGUCCCGGAGGAUGGCCGGCGGAAACGGAAGACGAGGAAGUCGCUUCAGCGAGAGAAACUGGAGCAGACCUUCAAGGAGAAGGGUUUCCUCAUCCAGACCCAACAGCUCGAGUCCGCCGAGGGUGCGACGUACUGCAAGUUCAGGCAGCUCAGGAAGUUCACGAGAUAUCUCUUCCGCAGCUGGAAGGACUACUUGCCCGGCAAUGUUCGCGAACUCACGGGUGCCGAGGGUGAACCCGAGGUCGAAGGCGAGGCUGACCGCGAGUCCCCAGUCAUCAGGCCCCAAGUCGGGCCCCCCGGCAUAGCCGAGCUCCCUCCCGCCAUUAUGGAUGAACCGCAGCCCCUGCCGCUGACGUGAAGAAGGGCAGCUACGAGGCGCCGAGUUUUGGUAACGCCUCUUUUUAUACUUUUUUUUUGCAUGGUAAUGCUGCUGAUGAAACAGCCGCAGCCGAGGCAGAAUUCAUUGCAGAGAUUACAGAACAGGAAUUAGAUAGAAGGAAAGAAAGAAGUUGUAGGUAUUCGUAACUAAAGAAGACG